UGUUUAUAUUCUAUAUGUAUGCAUAUCAAAAUUAAAAAGUGUAAAAAUUUUAUAGUAUGAGUGAGUUUAUGUAAAGAAUAUAAAAAUAAUUUAAGAAAAAAUGAAAGCGGAAUGGUCGAAAGCAUUUAUAGUACGUCCGCGAGACAAUUUGCAAUCGCAUGUCUACAUAAAACAGAAGAAAUUUGUGACCUCAUACGAGAAUGACCCUUGUCCUAUACCAAUGAAUUGGCUUAUAGGCUGGGAGUAUGCGCGAAUUUGGUUGCGAGAACGUGAUGAUUAUAUUAGCGCGCGCUUGCGCAAGUCCAAAGCAAAAAAGAUUAAAAACGAUUAUAGCGCUUGGUUACUUAAACGAAACAUCAAACUAAAGAAGGUCAACUAGCUAAAUGUUAUGUGUGUGAAUUAACUAUGGUUAGUUGAAAUUUUCUUGUAAUCUUUAUUAUUAUUUGUUAUUGAAAUAAUUUAUAGUUUUCUAAUUGGGACUUGAAUAUUUGGAAUUGAACGGUUAUGUGAAUAAAACUAAUGUGAAAUUCCUCCGUAA